CUACCUGCCUCCUUCCAGCCCCCACCCUGCUUCCCCUUUUCCAUCCACAUACUCACUACUGAGCACGACCUGCCGCUUUGCCACAUCUGGACUGGAGACGCUUCCCAACACGAGAAACUUCAACUUUUUCUUUUUUCUUUUGCUUUGACUCUGCGCAAAAAAAACCCAAACAUCAACAACAACAACAACAAAAAACAUAACAAUCACUCAGGCGUUUUUGCGAAUUAUCAGUCCGUUAAGGUGAUUUCUUUUCUCUCUCGAUAGUAAGUAAAGAUUGUUGAGUCUAAGCUGGCGUUUCUGUCUCGUCUUAGGUAAACAGAGUCUCGUUUGGGAGUUUCAUACAUUCAGUUUUCUGUUAGAUUGCCACGCUUUUAUUUAGUGCGCUACACGUUUUCAGCGAGUGACACAUGAUCUGCAGCGUUUUGGUGGGGAAGAAAUGAAGGAUAGCGAAACUCUGUCUAUGAAGUCUAAACACGCAGAUUAAACACAUUUAUAUUAGCAGUUGUAAAUUUCACUCUCCGCUCUUGUCAUAAUAUUGUUAAUGUUUACUUUUAAAUGUGAAAAGUGGAGCCUGUCUGUGAUCAGUGCGCUGAAUGAAUGCGUUGAUGGUGACAUGAGUCAAACGGAGUGAAGUUGUGAAAUUCAGCAGACUCUGGUGAUGGAGUGAGACAGUUUGAGGUUUUAUUUUAUUUUAUUUUAUUUUUUUAAAGAAUCAUAUUUAUUUAUUUAUAUUUGUGUCUGAUCCGGGAAGGGAAACUGGAAGAAACCAGUAGGCACAGAGCUCCAUACUGAAGUGUUUAAGUUAGUCUGCGGGGAAAUUUAAAAAGACCUAAAAAUACAGCGUUGGUUUCUUCCCUACAAAGAAUCAUUUGAACUUCCCACCGCAGAGAGAGAGAGCGACAUAAAUAGUUCUGACAUGUGGAUGUAAUUUCAGAAGUAAAAAAAAAAAAAAAAAAAAAAAAAAAAAAAAGACAGAUGCGCAGAAAUAAAGCGAGCGGGCUGAACCGGACCGUAUAGUAGAUUAUAGGAAAUUAAAUCGAGGGCAGAGCGGGCGAUUAGAGUUAUGAUUUCACAAGCCGCCAGGAGCGUCGAAGGGCCAGAUGGAGUGAAAAGACGCAUCACGCUCCACUUUGAAGAGAGUUAAGUCUAUUAAAUAAUUGCUUUCUGAGCUCCAUCAGCUGUGUGUUUGAAUGACUCUUGGAGGUAGAGUUGCCUCAGGGUCAGGGAUGGGAUCUUCUCUGCAACUCCAUAAUCUGGACUUUCUUCUCAUCUCACUCCUCAGCAGCCUUUGCCUGGUUUAUGCAGAUGAUGUGCUGACAAAAGAGGAGCAGAUUGACCUGCUGGUCGAAGCUAAGAAAAAAUGUGAAGAUAACAUCAAGUCAAGGGGUAAGAUACCCGAUGGCUUUUGUUCACCAGAGUGGGAUGGCAUUGUGUGCUGGCCUGAAGGACAUCCUGGAGACCUUGUGUUCACAUUGUGUCCAGACUACAUUCAUGACUUCAAUCACAAAGGACUGGCAUACCGUCGCUGUGACAGCAAUGGAACGUGGAAGCUCGUCUCAGUCAACAAAACAUGGGCCAAUUAUAGUGAAUGUUCUAAAUUCCUCCAUAUUAACGACUAUAUCCAUGAAAAGGAGGUUUUCCACCGUUUGUACAUCAUCUAUACCGUUGGAUACUCCAUCUCUUUGGGCUCAAUUAUGGUGGCUGUUGUCAUCCUGGGAUAUUUUCGACGGCUGCACUGCACCAGAAACUACAUCCACAUGCACUUGUUUGUGUCCUACAUGCUACGAGCUGUAAGCAUAUUUGUGAAAGAUAUAGUUCUCUACCCUGGAUCUGCUUUGGAGAACAUGGAGAGAGUCACAGUGGAGGACUUCAGGUCCAUUACUGAAGCCCCACCUGCCAGCAAAACACAGUUUAUUACCUGCAAGGUGGUGGUGACCUUGUUCAUGUACUUUCUGGCGACCAAUUACUACUGGAUUCUUGUGGAGGGUCUUUACCUGCACAGUCUCAUUUUUAUGACUUUUUUCUCAGACAAAAAGUAUCUUUGGGGAUUUACACUGAUUGGAUGGGGAGUACCAGCUGUGAUUGUGGCCAUCUGGGCCACAGUGAGAGCCACGCUUGCUGACACAGAGUGUUGGGACUUAAGUGCAGGCAAUUUGAAAUGGAUAUAUCAAGUGCCUAUUUUGGUGGCGGUGGUGAUUAAUUUUAUUUUAUUUUUGAACAUCAUCAGAGUCUUGGCAACUAAACUACUAGAAACCAAUGCUGGGAGAUGUGACACCAGACAACAGUACAGAAAGCUCUUGAAGUCUACGCUGGUGCUGAUGCCACUGUUCGGCGUCCACUACAUUAUAUUCCAUGCCAUGCCAUACACAGAAGUCUCUGGAAUACCAUGGUUGAUACAGAUGCAUUACGAGAUGCUUUUCAACUCCUUCCAGGGUUUCUUAGUUGCAAUCAUAUACUGUUUUUGCAAUGGGGAGGUGCAAGCAGAGAUCAAAAAGUCAUGGAGCAGAAGAACUUUGGCCCUUGACUUCAAGAGAAAAGCUAGAAGCGGGAGUAAUACUUACAGCUAUGGACCAAUGGUAUCACACACCAGCGUAACCAAUGUCACUGCCAGAGGACCCCUGGCCGUCCAUCUCACCACAAGGCUAGGGCCAGUGCCUGUAAACGGCCACAGGAACCUUCCUGGGUAUGUCAAGAACGGCUCAGUCUCAGAGAACUCUGUGCCUUCCUCAGGACAGGAACUUCACAUACCUGAAGAGGAGCAGUCCGCACAAACACGGCCUAUUGUGGAAGAGAAACCCACUCCUGUUGUAGAGGAGGAGAGGGAGACGGUCAUGUGACCUCUAGAGGACAGCAUAUAUCGCGAUGAGAAGAGGAAAGACAAAUUGUGAACACUUUGUGGAUGAUGUGAAGGAGGAAACUGCAUGAACCAAAAAUAUUGGCUCUUUUCCUCCUGUAAACUGAGCCAGCACACUGCAAACUGAGGAGGCUCAAGGGAACAAAACAGUGUCUUGAUUUUUCAAGCGUGGCUGAGAGACGAAGACGGCAAGUUCGUCAAGGCAGAUAGUUUUUGUCCUUCCAUCCGCCAUCUGCCAAAGAGAAUGUGUGAAAGCCUAAAUCAGGGUGAAGUUUCUGACUUCGACUUCACUGCCAUGACUGUUUAUGUAGUUUUCUGUUCGCUUACAAGGAAAAUGUGUAUAAAUUAAGCAUAAGGUUGACAAGACAUCAGCCUUACUCAUUUACUGUACAUUAAAGGUGGGAAACUUUUCUCAGCAAGAUUUAAUAUGAAUAGGAAAAGUCAUAAAUGCUACAAUUUGUAAAGCAUCAGUUCUACUUUGUGGCAUGGUCACAUUUGUUGUCCAUUGACUCACAUCUGUGUCAGUGUAAAAGGGAAGCUACUCAGGUAAUUGGAGUCCUUUGUUGUCACACACUUUUUUUCAUACUUUUCAUGUGGUGUUUCAGCAAAUUCUGUAUCUCCAGAAUCUUCAAUUCUCAUGAAGUUUUGUUAGUUUUGUUUUCUGUCUUUUUGUUUUUGUUUUUUUUUUGUUUUUUUUUUUGUUUUUUUUACAGCUUCAGGUUUUUUCAUCAAUAUAAAUUUCAGACUAAUUAGAAGAAAUAUGAAGGAUUGAAGUUAAAUCUACAAAUUCCCUAAUUUUCUGUUCAACAACUAUGGUCACACUUGAUCAUGGACCCAGUACUAUCUAGGAACUUUCAUUAAAAUCCCUUGGUACUUUCCUUGAACUGACAUUUUCAGGCAUUUUCCUGCCGGGUAGUUUCUGGAAUCAAGCUUUAAUACAAGGUUGACUAAUCUUGGGUGCUUUCUGGGGACCUGCCAAGAACCUCCAUGGACCUUACAUAUAGUGUUUUUCUUUUAAAUCUCCUAGAAUUUACUUGUAAGUAAAUAUAAACAAUAUGUAACUUUCAUAGUAGUUACCACCUACUUUCCACUACUUAUAACAACUGUGCCGUGUUAUAAAUUGAUGUACAAUUUAAUAACAUUUUAAAUGAAAUUAUUGAGUAUUUUUAGGAGCUUGACUGUAUUGUGAGUUGACUCAUAAUGAGUACUUUCCUGACUUCAAUGAAUUUUCACAAACUGUAGCAGUAUAUGUAUAUAUUUUGGCAUUAUGGAAGAAUGUUGCUUGUCACAAAUAUGUUUCUUGAAAAUUCAAUGAAAGUUUUAUAAAACCUCCAUAAGAGUUUCAGAAAACCAUCUGAUAAGUUCCAUGAAAUUUACAUUAAAUUCACCGGCAACC